AUGGUUGCCAAAGGAAAGAAGCGCCCCUUUGGGGAAUACAAAAAAUGUUCGAUCUGCGGAAAGCCGGGACAUCUUGGUAACGAGUGUCGGCACCGCGACAAGGUCAAAUGUAUGAAUUGCGGAAAAUUCGGGCAUAAGGCCACGGAUUGUUGGGCUAAAGGCGGUGGCAAAGCCGGACAGGGCCCGCCGAUGAAACGGCAAAAGACGGAACGUGCUUAUGAAGUGCGCGAGGUCGAAUCGAAAGAGGAUGAGGCAAAAAUAGCCUACGAUAAUGAUAGCGACACUGUAUCUCUCGGAUCUGAUGGCGAAAUUGCUUCUUUCUAUGAGUGGUUUGCCGACUCCGGGACAACUUCGCACAUUACAAAUCAUCGUGAAGUCUUCGCGACCUAUCAGGCGCUCGAAGAUCACGCGAUCACGGGCAUCGGACCGCAACCAACACAGGCAUUGGGCCGCGGUACGGUCGAUGUCGAAAGUGAAGUAGGAGACCGGAAAGUGAAAUUCCGUCUCCACGGUGUACUGUAUGCGCUGACAGCACCCAAUAGCCUCCUCUCCAUCAUGCGUUUGGACGACGCGGGAGGAAGAGUACUUAUGGGUAAUAGUCGCGCAAUACUAAUAGAUAAAAAUAAACACACUCUUGCUAUAGGCAAGAAAAAUGGACGACUAUAUUCAUUGAAAUUGCGUCCAAUAGUUCCGCAACCUGCGCGAACCUAUACUGCUAAGGAAUACGGCCCGCAUACCUGGGAAGAGUGGCACAAGAUCUAUGGCCAUAUCGGGAAACCAGCACUUACGCGAUUAUAUCGCGAAGGGCUUGUUGAUGGCCUAGAAAUCUCGCCAAGCCCAGAUGAAAUUAAUUGCGAGGCGUGCAUCCAAGCAAAGGCGAUGCGGAAGCCAUUUCCCAAAGAGACGGACGAAUGCAGCAAGGUACCCGGAGAAUUAACACACACGGAUGUGUGA